ACAGCUGCCAGACGCCAAUAAAUCCCAGCAGAAGAAGAACUCGCGUCGAAUAUUGUUUUGGGCUCCAAUCUAAAUUCUAUGGCAGCCUGCGCUGUUAGUUGAAGUUUACGCUUUUUCAAAAUCAGGAAAAUGUGGAGGUUAAGUAGAGUCGGCUAUAAAGCUGGCCGAGCAGGCUACAUCCUAGAGGAGUUCCGAGUAAAGAGGCAAGAGCACGAAAAAACCCUCCGUCAGGCCCGCCGAGACCGACAAUUGGUAAGCAAGAGACUCCUGGUAAAUGAAGAUGAGGACCAGCAAGUACACAUCAUGCACACUUGUUCAGAUAAGAAUGAUGUUAUCAGUCUGUUCCACAAACUUCAACACAGUGGUCCUGAGAGGGAGGCUCAUCUUAAAACCUUGAGUAAAUCUCUCCGUGACCUCUCAGCUCAGCUUCUCUUCAUCAAGCAAGAGAACAGUAUCCACAUGCUGGUGGGCUUCCUCACUGGCCCCAACACUCAGUGUCGCCUGCAGUCUGUCCGCUGUCUUCACGAGCUGUCUCACUCACCUCACCCCAGCGUGGGCCCAGCCUGUCUGCCUGCCACGCCCUACCUCCUCACCUAUCUGUCUGGACAAAGCACCAAGUUCACCGAGUUAUGUCUCUACACGCUUGGGAACUUGUGUCCGGACAGUGAUGUUGUUAGAGAGAAACUUCUGGCUCAGGGAAUUAUACCAGCACUUGCCAGCUGUAUAGAGAAGCAGAAGCAUAACACGGCAGUGGUGGAAGCUAUCGGCUACACCCUUUCACAGCUUCUACAAACCAAAGAUGCAUCUGAGAAAAUAAUCCCGUUGGUUCUGGCCUCUAGUUUACCUUCACACCUUAUAGCAUGCCUGACGCCCGACCAGAAUUUUUCUCUGGGCCCUGCUAUUGAAUGUGCAUGGUGUCUGCACUACCUCACGUCCACUAAAAAUGUGUUCUGUUGCGAUCUUCUCCGAAGCGGGGAGGAUAACCAUGCUUUGUUGGCUUGCGGGGCGCUGUUGCGGUGCAGUACAUUGUUAGCGUCAUUGGGUGGCGCUGUUGCUCAAGGAAACAAAGAAGAGGGCAUUGAACUGCUCGUCUGUCCUCUACUGAGGUGCGUAGGGAACCUCCUGUCCUACUGCACGCCAGAUGUGGCAGAGGCUUGUUUGAGUGACGUUGAGCUUGCGGGUUCUCUCUGUGCUCUGCUUCAGGCUUACGUCCAGACUCGGCCCUCUUUGGCCAGAGAGAGUGCCUGGGUCCUCAAUAAUCUCACAGCUCAAUCCAGUCUGUUUUGUUUGGACUUGAUGACGCUCAACUUGGGGCCGAUUCUGAUUCAACUUCUAUUCUCUCAAGGCAUUACCACAAUGAUCCUGAGAGUUUUGGCAAACGUGGCCCACAAGAAGAAGGAGUUCUGCCUCCAGUUAGCUGAUCACGGAUUACUGUCUUCCCUCUCUGCCACACUUAAAAUGGCAGAACGAGAGACUGUGACCCUGAGUCUCGACAUCCUUUUCAUGCUAUUAACUAGUGGUUCUCAAGUGGUUGAGGACUUUGAGAGGCAAGGUGGCAAUUCACUUUUAGAAACCUUUCAAUAUUGCAGUGAAGGUGAUGUGAGGCGGAAGGCAGCAUAUCUCCUGGAGCGCUGUCUACUGUCUUCUUCUGCACAGUGCAUGCUGUGUUGCAUUGCAGGGCAGCUGCAUCCCUUCGUCUUGACAGCAAGUCGGAUUGGGAAUGCAACAUUAAGUACAAAAACAGCAAAGACCCAAUUAAGAAAGGAAAAGGUGAAUGAAUGAGGAGGUAACCUGUGGAAAGCCACGCAAGCACAGGGAGAACAUUCAAACUCCACACAGGAAGGCUGGAGCCGGAAUCAAACCCCGCAUCUCUGAACUGUGAGGCGGGCAUGCCAACCAGUGCGCCACCCUGGCUAACCUAUGUUGUUGUUUUUUAAAGGUGUAAUUUAUAGUCCACAAAAUAAUGAGAAUGGAUUUGGUCCUUUUUGUGUCAAUGACCCACACAUGCACACAAAGUUCCAUAACUAUAUCAGUGCAAGCUAAUGUUACUUAAAACCACCAGUUAUUAGAAAUUACAUUAUUGUGUUUCUUUAAGCGAUCCAAUUUUAAUGUCACCUAGCUGGCCUACCAACACGACAGUAUUACCAUGUUUGUCCAUCAAAAAAAAAAAAAAAAAACUCUGUAGCUAUCUGCAUACAUAAAACAUUUAAUUAGCAUCUCUAGUGAGUGUGUGUGUGUGUGUGUGUGUAUAUAUUUAUUUAUUAAUUUCUUUGUCACCUUGGAUAAAUAUUGAGCCUAAACUGCUCAGUAAGCGUGAUGAAUGUAUGCUUGCACAGUUGCCAACUAUUCAACAAUAUUGCAUUUUUGUAUUGCACUGAUAAGGACUGUUUGAUUAUGGAAAACAUAUAAUAGUUAUUUUGUAUUUUGACAAUUUUGUAAUCGAGGCGGGUAAUAAUAGUUAUUGAAUUUAUAUUAAAUGCACAGCUCUAGCACUAGCAGUGUGUUUAAUUGCAACGUGAUAGUGGUGCUGUUAAGUGGUUUGAGUCAGGCCAGACCCAAUUGAAGGCCCAGGCACAAUAUAGUGUAAAAAUGUCCUAACAAACAAUGCUUUUGAUUUUCAAAUUUAUCAAGUCACUUAAUCUGUAUGGUGAAUGUGAUCCUGCUUUAUUUACCACCAUUUUGAUUUUCUCAAAUAUCAUUUUGCAAUGGUGGCCAUGCAGCGCUUAGAUUCCAUUUUUGUUGAAUGGUGCUCAUUUUGCACUUUAGCUUUCACCACUAUAUAGCAAAUUAGUUGUAAGCUAUGUAUAGGACUAACACAUUUUUGCAAACGUAUUGUAAAUCAAAUUUUAAAACUACAAUAUCUAACAAUACAAAUCUGAACCACAUCUUUGUUCAGGCAGAUUUUUUUGAUUAAGCACAAAUCAGUAGAUUUUGAUGUUAUUUAACUGGAACCGUAUUGUAAAAUCUAUUGAGUGCGAAAACACAACAACUAAACUGAUGAUUUGUCAAUGAAAAAAAAAUGAACAGACUCAUUUUGGUCCCUUAAUUUAUUCCUUUCGGAAGGCAAACAAUAGCUCAACGUUAUAAGGCAAUCCCCAUUUGAGAGAACAUCCAUGCAACCAACCAUCCAUCCAUCAGAGGCGUGUCAGGUCCUCCAUAUUUGGUCCAAGUGUGUCGACACUUGAGGUCAGAGCAUUUAAUAGACAUAGUUGGUAGUGUGCAGAGACUGCAUGGAAGCCUGAUCGGACGACCCUGUGGCCUUGUACUCUCCUUUAGCAGCCAGGCCAUUGAUC